UCUUCUUUCCUGGGAAGAGGAGCAGCUGGAGCAGCAGCAGAAGGAGCAGCAGCAGAGACACGCGUCUGCACCGCCUUCAGACGUGCACCAAGAGAGGGAAGGAGGAGGAGGAGGGGAGAGCCUCCUGGGCUUGCCUUGGCUUUUCCCCUCCCUUUCCCCUUUCCCUUUCCCUCCUUCUUCUUCCCCUUUUUUUGCAUUUUGGAACAAAGUCUCAACCUAAAAAAGGAGGCAUAUCCUUCCCCACUCCCUUUGCAGCAGCAGCAGCAACAGCAUCUGGAUCUUCCUUUUUCAAUUUGAAUUUUUUUGCAUAUAUAUAUAUAUAUAUGGACCAUUAUGGAUUUGGGAAGCUGAGCCCCUCUUUGCAUUUUUUCCCCUUCCUUUUUUUUUUUGCUCCCCCAAAUUUUAGGAAACAAAAGGAGACCCAAGGAACCAGCAGCAAGAAAAGCCUCCUGAAAUCUUCAUCAUAAGGAGUCCUGGUUAUUAUUAUUAUUAUUAUUAUUACUAUUAUUAUUAUUUGUCAAUUGCUUCCUUUCCUUCUCUUUCUUUUUUUGGGGUGUAUUUCUAUAUGUGUGUGUGUAUAUAUAUAUAUAUAUAUAUGGAUUUGGGGAGAUUGCUUCCCCUUUUGCCUUUUCCUUGCAAAGACUUCCUCCAUUUAAUUUUUAAUUAAUGUUGUAUUUUUCCUGCAUGCAAGGAGAAAAUUUUGUAUGUUUUGAUUUUUUGGGGUGCAAAAGAAGAAGGGAAUAUAUAUAUAUAGAGAGAGAAAGAGAUUUUUUCCCCUUCCAACAAGCCAACCAGUAAAGGAUCCUGGUUUCCAUAGACAGAUUUUAUUUUCCCAGUAACCAAUCAGGGAUCCCAGUCUCCAUAGGGAAUUUUUCUCCAGUCCAACCAGUAAGGGAUCCUGCUCUCCAGAGACAGAGAUAUUGGUUUCUAUAGCCGGAGAAACUUUCCCAAGCCAACCAGUCAGGGACCUUGGCCUCCAGAGACAGACAGACAGACAGACAGACAGACAGACACACACACACACACACACACACACACAUAUAUAUAUAUAUAUAUAUUCCCCCAAGCCAACCAGUCAAGGAUCCUGCUCUUCACAGACUAGAGAUUUCCUCCCAAAGUCAGGGAUCCUGGUCUCUAUAGACAAGAUAUAUAUAUAUAUAUAUAUAUAUAUAUAUAUAUUCUAAGCCAACCAGUCAGGGAUCCUGGUCUCCAUAGACAAGAAUUUUCUUUCCCAAGACAACCAAGCAGGGAUCCCAGUCUCCAUAGACAAUUGUUUUCCCGAAGCCAACCAGUCAGGGAUCGUACUCUCCAUAGUGAUUUUUUCCUCCAGUCCAACCAGUCAGGGAUCCCGAUCUCUACAGACAAGACUUUUCUUUCCAAUCCAAAUCAGUUUGGGAUCCCGGUCUCCGCAGAAUAUUUCUUCUCCAGUCCAACCAGUCAGGGAUCCUGGUCUCCAGAGACAAGACUUUUCUUUCCAGUCCAACCAGUCAAGGAUCUUGAUCUCCGCAGAAUGUUUUCCUCCUGAGCCGACCAGUGAGGGACCCUGGUCUCCACGGUCAAGACUUUUCUUUCCAAGCCAAACCAGUCAGGGAUCCUACUAGUCUCCAUAGGAUUUUGUUUUCCUCCCAGUCCAACCAGUCAAGGACCCUGUUGCCCACCAGUGAUGGAUUUCAAGAGCAAUUCGGGCGGCGGAGGGGGCGACCCCCGCCAGAUCGAGGAGAGCAAGCCCCUUUUGGGGGAGAUGUCCAUCCCGUCGGAAGGGCCCAAGGUGCCGGGGGCCGUGGCGCUCUGCCGCCGGGGGGUCCACUGCCCUGGGAUGCGCUACAAGCUCCUCCAGGAGGGCGACAUCCAGGUCUGCGUCGUCCGGCACCCACGCACUUUCCUCAGCAAGAUCCUCACCUCCAAGUUCCUCCGACGCUGGGAGCCCCACCAUCUGACCCUGGCCGACCACAGCCUCGCUUCUGCCACGCCAACUGGGUACAUGGAAAACUCAAUUUCCUACAGCUCAAUUGAAGAUGUUCAGCUGCUUUCUUGGGAGAAUGCCCCAAAGUAUUGUUUACAGCUCACAAUCCCUGGAGGGACAGUCUUGUUACAGGCUGCAAACAGUUACCUGAGGGAUCAGUGGUUUCAUUCGUUGCAGUGGAAGAAAAAGAUCUACAAGUACAAGAAGGUGCUGAGCAACCCAAGCCGCUUAGAGGUAGUUUUGAAGGAGAUCCGCACAUUGGUAGACAUGGCGCUGACCUCUCCUUUGCAGGACGAAUCCAUCCAUCAAGCUCCUCUGGAGAUUGUUUCCAAGUUGCUCUCAGAGAAUACAAAUCUAACCCCCCAAGAGCAUGAAAAUAUUAUUGUGGCACUCGCUCCUUUGCUGGAAAACAACCACCCACCUCCUGACUUGUGUGAAUUUUUUUGCAAGCACUGCAGAGAACGCCCUCGGUCCAUGGUGGUCAUAGAAGUAUUCACUCCAGUUGUACAAAGAAUCCUCAAACACAACAUGGAUUUUGGGAAGUGCCCACGGUUGCGGCUCUUUACUCAGGAGUAUAUUCUGGCUUUGAAUGAAUUGAAUGCUGGCAUGGAAGUGGUGAAGAAGUUUAUUCACAGCAUGCAUGGCCCUACGGGACAGUGCCCCCAUCCCAGAGUCCUUCCAAAUCUCGUCGCAGUCUGUUUAGCAGCCAUUUAUUCUUGCUAUGAAGAGUUCAUCAACAGCCGGGACAAUUCUCCAAGUCUGAAGGAAAUUCGGAAUGGCUGCCAGCAGCCGUGCGACCGUAAGCCCAAUUUGCCUCUCCGGCUCCUCCACACAAGUCCUGACCUGGUGUCCCAAGAGGCCACAUUGAAUGAGUCUCGCCUGAAGUCAGUCAUUGUCACGUCGAAUGAGAUCCACGUGGAGGUUGAACGCAACAACACGGCCAACCAGAAGAUGACGGCCAAUGUGGGCAAUGACAGUGAGCCCAACCUGAUAGACUGCUUGAUGGUCAGCCCCACCUGCAGCACCAUGAGCAUUGAACUCAGUGCCCAGGCAGACCGUACCCUCGGCUGCUAUGUGGAAAUACUUAAGAUGCUGUCAGACUAUGAUGACUGGAGACCAGCUCUUGCCAGUUUGCUGCAACCCAUCCCAUUCCCCAAAGAGGCUCUUGCACAUGAGAAGUUCACAAAGGAGCUGAAGUACGUCAUUCAAAGAUUUGCAGAAGAUCCAAGGCAAGAAGUCCAUUCAUGUUUGCUGAGUGUGCGUGCUGGCAAGGACGGUUGGUUCCAGCUCUACAGCCCUGGUGGGGUGGCAUGUGAUGAUGAUGGGGAGCUGUUUGCCAGUAUGGUUCAUAUUUUAAUGGGCUCUUGUUAUAAGACGAAAAAGUUCCUGCUUUCGCUGGCUGAAAACAAACUAGGGCCAUGCAUGCUGCUAGCAUUGAGAGGCAACCAGACAAUGGUGGAGAUUCUUUGCUUGAUGCUCGAGUACAACAUCAUUGACAAUAAAGACACCCAGCUGCAGAUCAUCUCAACCCUUGAGAGCACGGAUGUGGGGAAGAAAAUGUACGAGCAGCUUUGCGACAGGCAGAGGGAGUUAAAAGAGCUGCAAAGGAAAGGAGGUCCUACCCGGUUAACACUGCCAUCAAAAUCCACAGAUGCAGACCUGGCCCGAUUGUUAAGCUCAGGUUCCUUCGGCAACCUGGAGAACCUCAGCCUGGCCUUCACCAACGUCACGAGUGCCUGUGCAGAGCAUCUCAUCAAGCUGCCUUCGCUCAAGCAAUUGAACCUGUGGUCGACUCAGUUUGGCGAUGCAGGUUUACGGCUUCUGUCUGAACACCUCACAAUGCUACAAGUGCUCAACUUGUGUGAAACACCCGUAACGGAUGCUGGCCUGCUAGCAUUGAGCUCUAUGAAAAGCCUGUGUAGUUUAAAUAUGAACAGCACCAAACUUUCAGCUGACACCUAUGAAGAUCUCAAGGCUAAAUUGCCCAACCUGAAAGACGUGGAUGUCCGUUACACGGAGGCGUGGUGAACUCUCUCGCGCUGCGUUCGUAGCUUUUGAUGAUGCGGGAAGAAAAUAAUUUUUUUUUACAAAAAAUAAAUGAAUAAUAAAAUCUAAAAAAAAAAAAGAAGGCAGAGAAAUAAACUUUUGGCUUCUACUUAUAGAGAGCAGCAAGAUUUGAGGACUUUGAUUUUAGGAACUGUCUUUGUGAGGUAGCAGAGUGUGGCUUUGUGUGUGGGAGGGAUAGGUGAGCAUGCCUGGGUCUCCUAAGUCUUUCCGCUUUCGACGGCGACAUUCGACAGCGUUUUAAAUGAACGGGGGUGAGGGGGGCAAGACUGCGUAGCCUCGAAAAAGAGAUUAGGAGAAAAACAGGGGAGGGGGUUCGGUUUGGAUCUUUCAUUGGGUUAUUUUGUGCGCGUGUGUUUGUGUUUUUAAACACCACAUGGAAAGUCGGCGGGGGGAAGAAUAUACAUCAGUUUUUCAUAGUUCUCCUUGGAUGGAUGUCAUCCUUAGGUGCUUUUUCAUCUUUCAUGCUCUUCAAAAAAAGGAAAAGAAACUAUGAGAAAUCAAGAGAAGAAAAAGAAACCCAUCUGAUUUCGCCUCUCGCUCUGUUCUUAUGAUCAUUAUGCAAAGUAAUUUUUUGUUGUACAUACAAUUUACAUAAUGCACCUAUUUAAGAAAAUGGUUCACAAGUAACAGGUCUGGGACCUGUCUCUUUAUUUAUGAGUUGUUAAUUCUUUUAACUCUUUUGUUCGUUUCGGUUUGUUUCGCUUAGAGUACUGUAUAAACUAGUUCGCGGUCUUACUGUGUUUUGUUUUUUUUGUUUGUUUGUUUUUAAAAAGAAACAAAACAGAAAACCCUCUUUGAAUAAUUGUCUUUAGAAAGUCUCAGUCCAGAUCAUCACCAAUUUAUUUGUAUUUCCAAUUUACAAAGGCCUAAACAUAUUUGUCAAAGGGACAUGAUCUACAGUAGUGAAAAGAUGGGCAGUUGAGGAUAAAGUAACCAAGAUACUUGUUCAAACUGUGUCAGGGUUAGUAAAUUAAGGUGGUAAAGUAAUGAUCUUUUGAAAUGUUAGAUUUCGGGGGGGGACUGUCGACAAUUUUUCUUUAGAUUUGCCAAGGCGUGCCUGUUUGGUUUUCUGUUUACGUCCAAUAUUUCAAAGGCAAGCUCAGCCUGCCACGCAACUGUGGCUGCGUCCGGACUUCAGAAAUAAUCCAGUUUGACUCUGGUGCCACAACAAACUACAGUUCUCGGAACUCCAUAGCCUUGAACCAUGGCAGUUAAAGUGGUGUCAAACUGGAUUAUUUCUCCAGUGCGGAUGUAGCCUCCGUAGGGCAGAUUCUCUCCUUCUGUUCCCUCCAUCCUCACACAAUUCAUUUGCCAUCUUCUUUUCGUAAGAUGGAGAUUGUUUUGCUUUGAUCAGUUUCUAAAGCUUCAGCCUGAAAAUAUGACCACUAUCCCCUUUUCCUGAUUCUUCUCCGUAAUUGCUCAGAAAAAAAAAUGAUGAAACUUGUAUUAAAAAAAAUGUGUUUUCUUUAAUAAACAUGCUUUUGGAUUAUUAUUAUUAUUAUUAUUUUCACAAUAAGCAGCUUCUCUUUUUUAAAAGAAAUGAAGAAAGGUUUUUGUUUUAAUGUUUUUCUUUUCGAGUUUUAGCAGAUGUUUACUCGGUUCUUUUGGCACCUCAAGAGAUUUAACAUCCAGGCAAUGUAAUUUUUAUACAUAUAUAUAAAAUAUAUAUAUAUAUAAAUAUAUAUAUUUAAUCGUAUUCAAUGGGAAGCAAUGCUUUUGCUAUUCUGGUUGUCUCUGGUUGUUGUUUGUUUUUUUAAUUUGUUGCUAGGUAGUUUAUUCACAUUUCGAGUCUCCUUCAUCUCUUGAUUCCCCCCCCCUUUUUUUUAUAUAUGAAAUAAUCCAUCGACGAAAACAAUUCAAGUCUUAAUGCAUAUUGCGUGCCGGGGUUUGGUUGUUUUUUCUGCCUUAUCAUGUCCUGAGCUGUCUGAUAAACUCAGCGAGGGAAGAAAAGAAAAAGGAGAAUAAACUCAACGCCAACGUUUUAUCCUUAGCACCGUUGCUUUUACUGAUGGAUUUACUACUACUGUUCUGUAGCUGUGUAAGAGAAAGAAAAAAGGAAAAAAAUGUGAAAUAAUUUCGGGCGAAAAAAAAUAAAAUAAACUGUAAGCGAAUA